UUACUGAUGACGUAACAGUUUAUGCGACAGGUGAAGGUCGGAAGACAAACCUUCCCAACGUGUUUUAUCCAUCUACAGUAGUACUUCUCUGAUCAAUCUCAUUCCCCCCGAGAGACGGAUAUAAUAAAACCCAGAUACGAUGCGGUUGUUAAGUGGAGCGGUGUUGCGGGCCACGAUGAGACACCGCUGUCGCCACUUUUCUGUGGCACAAAACAACUGGAACGCCAGAAAAGGUCUGGUACUCGGCGUUUACGAGAGCGAGAAGGAGGACGACUCUCUCCAUCUAACUGAAUCAGCAGCUGGUGUCGACAGAGUUCUGUCUGGUAAACUGACUGAGCUGCUAAAGAUAUCAGGACCAGGUCUGAAGAAAGGGAAGAGCAGAAUAUUCUACGGUCUUCAUGAGGACUUCCCAUGCAUAGCAGUAGUUGGUCUAGGGAGGAACUCUCUGGGUGUGUGUGGAACAGAGUACUGGGACACCUGUAAGGAGAACAUCAGGGCUGCUAUAGCAGGAGGCUGCAGGGUUCUCCAGAACCAUAUGUUGACCCAUAUAGAGGUGGACGGGUGUAAUGACAGCCAGUCUGCAGCAGAGGGAGCUGUUCUCGGGCUGUUUACUUACGAUGACCUGAAAACCAAGAAGAAGACCAGAGUCACCACACAGCUGCACGGCAGUGGAUGUGUGUCUGGCUGGGAGAAGGGCGUGUUGUACGGAGAGGGGCAGAACCUGGCCCGUUACCUGAUGGAAGCUCCAGCCAAUCAUGUCACUCCGUCAGUCUUCGCUGACACCAUCACAAACAGACUGGCUCCCUACGCCGACCACGUCACCGUGCAUAAGAGGUCUCAAGAGUGGAUGGAGGGAGCAGCAGAUGGGAGGGUUCUCAGUGUUUCUAAAGGCUCAGAGGAACCGCCUGUCUUCCUGGAGCUACACUACAACGGUUGUCCUGACAACACACAGUGUCCUCUACUGCUGGUGGGCAAGGGCAUCACCUUUGACAGUGGUGGGAUCAGUCUAAAGCCUCCGUCAGGUAUGGACGCGAUGAGGGCUGAUAUGGGAGGAGCCGCCACGGUGUGUUCCGCCAUCGUCACGGCAGCAGCCCUCAACCUGCCAAUCAACAUCAUAGGUCUAGCACCUCUCUGUGAGCAACUUUCUCCUAGUGGGAAAGCCAACAAGCCUGGAGACGUCGUCACCGCCAAGAACGGCAAAACCAUACAGGUGGACAACACAGACGCAGAGGGACGGUUGGUCCUAGCAGAUGCUCUCUGUUACGCUCACAGCUUCAACCCCAGGGCCAUCGUCAAUGCUGCUACCCUCACUGGAGCGAUGGAUGUUGCUCUGGGUUCAGCAGCGACAGGAGUCUUCACCAACUCUGACUGGCUCUGGGAACAGCUUCACAAGGCCAGUGUGGUAACAGGAGACAGGGUGUGGAGGAUGCCGUUGUUUCAACAUUACACCAGACAGGUCACUGACUGCCAGCUGGCCGACCUCAACAACGCUGGCAAGUACAGCCGUUCUGGUGGAGCCUGCACGGCGGCAGCGUUUCUGAGGGAGUUUGUGACGGCUCCUCAUUGGGCGCACCUGGACAUCGCCGGGGUGAUGACCAAUAAGGACGAGGUUCCCUACCUGAAGAAAGGAAUGUCUGGGAGACCGACACGAACACUGGUCGAGUUCGCUGCUGGACUGGCCAACCAAGCCUGAAGACACACACACACCACACCUACACACACUGAGCUGGCUGGAGAAGGAUUAUUCUGUAGAGACAGAGACACUGGUACUGUGUAGAGUUACAGACUGCUUCCCAAAUAGCACCUUAUUCCCUCCCCAUAGGAGUCUGGUCUAAAGUAGUGAACUAUAUAGGGAAUAGGAUGCUAUUUGGGAUGUAUCCUGAGUCAUCUGGUAGUAGCCUGCUGUGCAUCGAGAGGAGGAGAAGAGGACAUUUCCACCCCAGUGCCCCAGCACAUGUAACUAAUUCCCUCUCGAGCCUAGUUUAUAGCCUACAUUCAUUGAGAAACUGAAUGUAUGUAAAUGGACAAGGUAUAUCGUAUCCUACCCUACAAGGUAUAUCGUAUCCUACCCUACCAAAACAGUUUGCAGUCAGAGUGCAGUGGAACUGCAUCCAAAAUAAGUCAUGUUUUAACUGCAGUUAUUCUGCGUUCACUGCUUCCAAAAUACCACCGUGGACUUUAAUCUUGUUUUGGAACGGUAACUACGCAAAGUGUUGUUGCUUAGCGACACUACGCAGCCCUGCAAUUUAUAACUGGAUGCAAGAACGCAGGAUGGCCUUUUUUUGCGUAGCGUUUCUUGCGUUGCAUAGUAGGGUAAAAACCAGGCUUCAGUGACAGUCAGUUAACCAACCUCUUCUGUCCAGUAGUUGUGGGAGAAACUAAUGCUGAAGUUGGUAUGCACUUCUGCAAAAAAAAAAACUGUCAAAUAUUAUUAUUGCCAAUAUUUACAUGUCAUUUAAAUAAAA